UAGUCCAAGUUACGUUUGAGUCCAUCAAAAGUACUAUUACAAGCAACAAGGUCUUGAGCAAUAAAGUAGGACCGGAAAAUAGAAUGGAUGAAGCAUUCUUGACUCGAAAUGACACUCUUACUAGGAAGGAAUUAGGCCUAGAGAAGAAGAGAAAAUCAAGUGAACCCGUGGGGAGGUCAAACAUUGGAAAUCGAUCAGAGUACCAAAUCGGAUACUCAAGAGUCAAGCGGUUCAUUUUUCCAGAUGCUCUGUGGGUGCUGCAAUCCGGGAUACUAAAGAAGUAUCCGACAAAGCUAGCUUUCAAGUUCAGUUUAAUGAGAGCCAAGGAGGCCGGUCUAGAAACAAUGGAAGAAGCCAAGGGUCAUAUUGCUAUGGCGAAGGAAUUUGAGAAGAAAGCAAAAAACAAGCUCGACGGGCGGAGAAUUUUCAGUUCCAAAGAAUCCAAACGCAAACAGGCCGCAAAGCUCUUCCAUGAAGCUGCUCAACAUUAUGGACUCGCCAAAGCCUGGGAUAAAGCUGGGGAAACAUUGGUAAAGUCGACAAACUGCUAUUCGGAGAUUAAGGCCCAGUUUGGCCCCGCUGGUACCCUUAGAUUAUCAGUUCCAUUGUCAAGUUAA